AAAUCGGUUACAAAUAACCCUGACAAAAGAAAUAUACAAAAUUAUAAUAGUUUUUUUUGUUUAUAUCGAAAAGAACAGAGGAAAAAAAACAACAGAAAGAGUGUUAGCAACGAGAAACAAAGUCACACAGACACGAGAUAGAUUCAGCAAAGAUGUUCGCCCAAUCCAUAGCGCACUUCAACGAAAAUGCCGAUGUACAGGUGGCCAGGAAGACGAACGUCGCCAACAUCCAACGGAAUGCAUUGGCCGAUCAAUCUGUCAAUCAGCAUUCCCACAGGAAGGUGAUCGGCAAGAAGAUGAAAGCUCCAGAAGUGCAGAUACCCAAGGAGGAGCCGUACAACUUUUAUUUGGACGUCUGCAGCAGAAACGAAACUGAUGAGGAAACUUACGAGGAGUUUGUUCUGUCCAAGGCUGAGAGAUUCAGUGGACGGGAUGUAAGGAAUAUAUUGUACAAGUACACCAACAAUCUGUCGCCUUCGUUGGACGUGGAAUGGAAUAUGCUGGAACGUGAGGAGGUGCAACCUGUCGCCUAUCACGUUGACACACUCACACUGGAUCUGCAGGAGACUUCGUUCGAGGUGCCCAAACCUGACCUGGAUUUCGAUUUGUUUUAAUCUAGUGACGACUCACUUUCAAUAUAUAUAUUUAUUGUAUAUGUUUUUUGUUUUUGUAAUUAGAGGAGAG